AUGGAGCUCCAAUCGGACGAUGAUGCCUCCCCGGAAGAUUGUGAGCUGGACGAGUUUGUCUUCGAUGAAGACGACCUAUUGGGCAACAUGGCGGCACCUCCCAAAGCCAAGGGUUUGGUUCCGAGAUACCAUUCACCAGAGUCUUUAGACAGACGUAUCGACGAGCUUGUCCACGAAACUGCAUCUCUCAUGGGCUUGAAUGAGGCAAUCGUGGGGAUCCUUCUACGAGCGUUUGACUUUCGCAGUGAUGCACUAGUCCAAGAGUGGUUCAAUGACAGCACUGCGGUUCUACGAAAGGGCAGACUGCCACCUGAGGUUCUAAGUAUGGAGCACAGUAGGGUUCCUGAUGCUACCGACAAUAACUCACUUUUACCUGGAGGGCCAGACGCGUCGAGCAGUGCCUCAGAACCUCUGGCCUGUUCCGGGAGGAUCAGCAAGAAAGAUGAACCGGCUGGCGAGACGUUUGAAUGCCCCGUUACUGCAUGCAUUGUCCCAAUGACUGAAACAUUCGCUCUCAAAUGCAAUCACAGAUACUCUAACGCCGGGUGGGUUGGAUAUUUAGACUCACUCUUAACUGAAGGCCCGCAACGCUCUCUUGAUGCCCGGUGUCCUUUUCCCGAGUGUCUGGAGCUUGUACCGAUGGACGUGUGGCGUUUCUUCCGGGGUCCCUCAGCAGUUGGACGCCUGCGGAUGUUCGCUCGUGAGCAGUUCGUUGCGAAGCGACUAGCACUUGCGUGGUGCCCUUCUCCAACGUGCGAACGUGCGGUGGAGUUGGUGCCAGCGGGAAUGAGUUGCGAGGGGUCUGAGGCCGACGCCUCAUUAUGCGCCCUGUCUGCGGCGGAAGUGGCAGCAGUAUCGGACGUCACCUGCAUGUGUGGCACUCGUUUUUGCGUUCUGUGUGGCGACGAACCCCACCGUCCGAUUUCUUGCCGGGUUAUAGCGGCGUGGAUGCGGAAGAACCGACGAGGUGGUGAUGCUAACAAGGGAUCAGACAAGGCUGAUGCCCAGUAUGCCCUGGAGCGUUAUGCGCAUUUCUUUGAACGCUACAGGGCCCAUAAUCACGGACAGCAAGUUGCUGCUGGCAUGCAGUCCAGCCAGUUGAAGAAAUGCCGAGAAGUAGCUGCGGCUGCUGCGUGUAUUGCCUUGCGGCAGACACCAGCAUGCGCAUCUGCGCAGUCCAUGGCGGGCAGUGAGAGCAACAAGCCCUCUGCUGGCCCUGCUUAUGUCUCAGCCAGCAUAAGCUCAGUGCAGCCGGGGGAGCGACUUGGAACGGUUCCCACGAGCAACAGGGAAGCAACCGGUUCUCUCGGGUUCGGGGAGGACUUUGAUUGGGAUUUUCUGGAAAAAGGGUGGUUACAGGUGAUAGAGUGCAGACGCAUGCUGAAAUGGUCAUAUGCAUUUGCAUUUUUUGCGGAGUUUCCAGAAAACCGCCAGAAACACCUCUUCGAAUUUCAUCAAGGCCAACUGGAACGAAGUCUGGACACUUUGCAGGAAAGGUUGGAAACUUUUGAAGCGCGGGAAUACAUUGACCGAGAUCCUGCAGAUUUGCUUCAUUUCAAGAUGCAUCUGCUGGAUCUGACAGCAGUCGUCCGGGGGUUCUUUGCAAAAAUAUGUGACGUAUUCGAAGAUGAGUUUGUCGCUGGUGCAUUGCUCUUGGACGAAAGAGAAGCUGCAUAG